AUGGUUUCCUCGCUUCUCGUUCUCGGCGCCCUGGCGUCCGCCGCCAUCGCCUCCCCUGUUCCCGAGGUUCAGGCCCGCGCCAGCUGCACCUUCACCGAUGCCGCCUCCGCCAUCAAGGGCAAGGCCAGCUGCACCAGCAUCGUCCUGAACGGCAUUGCCGUCCCCGCCGGUACCACCCUUGACAUGACCGGCCUCAAGUCCGGCACCACCGUCACCUUCCAGGGCAAGACCACCUUCGGCUACAAGGAGUGGGAGGGACCCCUCAUCUCCUUCUCUGGCAGCAACAUCCAGAUCAACGGUGCCUCCGGACACUCCAUCGACUGCCAGGGCUCCCGCUGGUGGGACAGCAAGGGCAGCAACGGCGGCAAGACCAAGCCCAAGUUCUUCUACGCCCACAGCCUCAAGAGCUCCAACAUCAAGGGCCUGAACGUCCUGAACACCCCCGUCCAGGCUUUCUCCAUCAACAGCGCCACCAACCUGGGCGUCUACGACAUCACCCUCGAUAACUCCGCCGGUGACUCUGCUGGAGGCCACAACACCGAUGCUUUCGAUGUCGGCUCCUCCACCGGUGUCUACAUCUCUGGCGCCAACGUCAAGAACCAGGACGACUGCCUGGCUAUCAACUCCGGUACCAACAUCACCUUCACCGGCGGUACCUGCUCUGGUGGCCACGGUCUCUCUAUCGGCUCCGUUGGUGGCCGUUCCGACAACACCGUCAAGACCGUCACCAUCUCCAACUCCAAGAUUGUUAACUCCGACAACGGUGUCCGUAUUAAGACGGUCUCCGGCGCCACCGGCUCCGUCUCUGGCGUCACUUACUCUGGCAUUACCCUCUCCAACAUCGCCAAGUACGGUAUCGUCAUUGAGCAGGACUACGAGAACGGUUCCCCCACCGGCACCCCCACCUCCGGCGUCCCCAUCACCGACCUCACCCUCAGCAACGUCAAGGGCUCCGUCGCCUCCUCCGGCACUGACGUCUACAUCCUCUGCGCUUCUUGCAGCAGCUGGAAGUGGUCUGGCAUCUCUGUCACCGGCGGCAAGUCCUCCACCAAGUGCAAGGGCAUCCCCAGCGGCAGCGGCGCUGCUUGCUAA